AUGGAGCAACAGGAAGCUCGCAGUGUGAAACCGGUCAUCUUCGAGAAGCGCGCCCUGGCGGCAGAGGCUUUCCAACCUGCCAUUGAAACCCUAGAGCGAAUGGAGCAAGAAGACCCGAAGCUCGCUAUCCAAGCAGCGCGUCUUGUGGGGCUCUAUCGGCGCCUGUGGGAGUCAUGCAUUUCCAAGCACCAUGCCGACCAAAGUCUUGCAGCGGAUAACAACGAGCUGCGUAUCACUAACACCCAGCUGUUUCGGGAAAGAGAGUACCUGAAACAGCAGCAGAACAACCAGAUCACGCGCUUGACCCUUUUUGAAGAGGCCCUUGGCAAAGUCCGAGAAGGGAUCGUUGGCGUCCUCAAAGACUGGGAUGGCUAUGCCGAAGGAGCCACAUCGGUUUCAUGGAAAGGGGCACCUCUAGGAGGCCAAUGA